ACUCAUCCCAUGGAAAAAACAAACAAUGUAACUGAAUUUAUUUUCUGGGGUCUUUCUCAGAACCCAGAGGUUGAAGAAGUUUGUUUUGUGGUGUUUUCAUUCUUCUACACAGUCAUUCUUCUGGGAAACUUCCUCAUCAUGAUGACAGUUUGCAUGGGUAACCUGUUCAAGUGUCCCAUGUAUUUCUUUCUUAACUUCUUGUCUUUUGUGGACAUCUGUUACUCUUCAGUUACAGUGCCCAAAAUGAUCAUUGACCUACUAGUGAAAAAUAAAACCAUCUCCUACCCGGGUUGCAUGUUGCAACUUUGGGUGCAUUUCUUUGGUUGUACUGAGAUCUUCAUCCUUACUGUCAUGGCCUAUGAUCGCUAUGUGGCCAUCUGUAAACCUCUACAUUAUAUGGCCAUCAUGGACCAGGAGAGAUGCAAUAAAAUGUUGCUGGGGACAUGGGUGGGUGGGUUCUUGCACUCUAUUAUCCAAGUGGCUCUGGUAGUCCAGCUCCCAUUUUGUGGACCCAAUGAGAUUGAUCACUACUUUUGUGAUGUCCACCCAGUGCUGAAACUUGCCUGCACAGACUCCUAUGUUGUGGGUGUUGUUGUGACAGCUAACAGUGGUACCAUUGCACUGGGAAGUUUUGUCAUCCUGAUAAUCUCAUAUACCAUCAUUCUGGUGUCUCUGAGAAAGCAGUCCGUAGAAGGUAGGCGCAAAGCUAUCUCUACUUGUGGCUCCCACAUCACUGUGGUCAUUAUCUUUUUUGGUCCCUGUACCUUUAUGUACAUGAGGCCUGACACUACUUUCUCAGAAGAUAAGAUGGUGGCUGUAUUUUAUACCAUUAUCACUCCCAUGUUAAAUCCUCUGAUUUAUACUAUGAGAAAUGCAGAAGUAAAGAAUGCAAUGAAGAAACUGUGGGGUAGGAAGGUUUUCUAG